AUGCUUGGCGCCGGUAUGGCCUCUGCGCACAAAGGGCAGCUCCGCUCAUCGGCUGCGCAGAUAGAUGAGAAAGCCUCGGUUUCGCAGAUGCCAGAUCUGUUUUGCUUUGCGGUCAUGGGCAUGCCUGCCCAUGAGCAGAACCUUCUGUUAGCUCAGCAGAGCAAGGGUAAAGGACUCUUCGAGUGUCCGGAUUGGGUGGUUUUUGGCUCUACGAAAAUACCGCCUUGCACUCACGUAAUGAACGGUCUCCAGACGCAGGUCGCAAGCGGGGGUCGAUGGAAUACGGCCCUGAACACCCCGGUAUUUGUGGCGGUCUGGAAGCAGGUGCUGCAACUCCCGCAGUUUAAGGCCCAUGCCUGGACAGUCAAAGUCGACCCGGACACGGUGUUCUUCCCUUCUCGGCUAGGAAAAUUUCUUCCAAAGUCUUCAGCAAGUUUUCUGAUCAACUGCAAUGAGGGCUUGCAUGGGCCGAUCGAAGUGGUGUCCAGGGCAGCGGUGCAGAAGGUCGACUGGGAAUCUUACCUUCACUUGGCGUUCGGAUGUUUGGAGACUUCACUUGGUGUUAUGAACUUUGGGAUGUUUGGUGCAUCUGAGGAUACGUGCGGUGACAUUCCGCAAGAGGACCUUACUGACAAGCCGGGACGUGUGGCUGCAAAGUUGCUUGAUGCGGGCGGGCACAUCGAAUGCGGCUUUCCACCCGAAGAAGACGUUUCCAGAUUGGCUACGCCUUCAUCCACAAGCUUUGUAACCUCAGAAGCACCCAGCACCAGCGUGACCAAAGCAACAUCCAAAGAUGAUUUGCUGGAAGACAUCGCUGGAUCCUGGCAUGACCGAGGAGGGUUCGAUUGUUUCCGAAAUUUUGCCUCAGAGCCGGCUGCCAUGAAUCCGUACAUGACUGCCAGCGAAGCAGCCUGCAAGUCAGCCUGCGAGGGGUAUGAGUACUGCGAUGCUAUAAUCCUACUGGCAGAUACACCUGGACAAUGCUGGCUUCGGCAGAACUUCGUACUGGGUGAGUGCGUCAAGAGCAAUCGUUACCGUGUCCUUGUCCUGCAGAGGCCUGACACGCAGCCUGACUCGCGCUGGGCGGAGGAGACUGACUUCAAGUGA